AUGACUGGAAAAAGCACGGCGUUGGUGCAGUCGAUCCGCGCCUCGGCCCUCGACGACUCUCAACGGUCGCUCGAAUUCACCAAUGACGAACAUUCGCUAACGUUUUGGGUUGCACUGCGACAACACUGGCCUGCAGUGACUUGGGGAUUGUUUAUGAAUCUGGCGACUGUGCUCAAGGGUAUUGACGGAGGUAUCGUGCGCAGUAUAGUCGGACUGGACGUCUUCAAGCGGACCUAUGGCUACCAGCAUGAAGGAAAAUACAUUAUUGCCUCCCGGUGGCUGUCAGCCUUCAACUACGCCACGCUCCUCGGCGCCAUCAUAGGAGCUCUCCUGUCGGGAUUGGCCUACGAUCGUUUCGGUCCACGCGUGAUGAUCACCAUCUGCUCAUGCCUCUCCAUCGGCUUCAUCUUCGUCCAGUUCUUCAGCCACACACCCGCCCAACUGUUUGUGGGCGAGCUGGUGAACGGCAGCAUCAUCGCCUUCUACCCGAUCUGCGCCUCCGCGUACGUCAGCGAGGUCACCCCGCUCGUGCUACGCGGGUUCGUCGCGACGAUGACCAACCUUGCCUUCUCGAUCGGCUCGCUCAUUGCCUCGGGGAUCCUCAAGGGCACAGCGGCUAUGGACGCCACGUGGUCGUACAAGAUCCCCAUCGCAGCGCAGUGGGCCCUCCCGACGGUCAUGCUGCUGCUGGUCACCUUCGUCCCCGACCCACCGUACUGGCUCUGCAAGCAAGGCCGGGACGACGCCGCGACCGUGUCGCUGCGUCGGCUGACCACCGCACCUGGGGCCGAGGUCCAUGUGGCUCGCAAACUGGCGCAUAUCCGGGAGACGCUACGGCUGGAGGAAAGCUUCCAGGGCGACCGACCGACGUAUCGGGAGUGUUGCCGGGGGCCGAAUCUCCGCCGGCUGGUGAUCUGCAUGAUGGCGUACAGUAUGCAGGCGUUCACGGGGAAUGUCUUUUUCAUCAACUACGCCGUGCAUUUCAUGGAGGUGGCGGGGCUGGACGCCUCGCAUGCGUUCUCGAUGAACAUUGGUCUGACGGCCAUCGGGCUGGUCGGGACGUGCGUCUCGUGGUUUCUGCUGUCGUACAUCGGCCGCCGGACAAUGUACCUGUUCGGCUGUGCGUCGUUGAUGGUCCUGCAGCUCGCCAUCGGGGCGAUCGAUCUUGCUCCGCGCCGGACGAGUACGACCUGGGCGCAAUGCGGACUUAUGCUCGUCUGCAAUUUCGUCUACGAUCUGACGCUUGGUCCGUUCGGCUACGUGCUGCUGGCGGAAGUCUCGUCGGUGAAACUCCGGGGGCUGACCAUCGCUUUAGCCACCGUCAGUUGCUACGUCUGGUCAAUUGUCUUUGCGGUUGUCAUUCCCUAUGCCAUGAACGAGGAUGAGGGGAAUUGGAAGGGCAAAUUGGGGUUCCUCUUCGCAGGGACGAGCCUGUUGUGUACUAUAUACUGCUUUCUGUGUCUCCCGGAGACUAGAGGGAGGACCUUUGAGGAGCUGGAUAUCCUGUUCGAGAGGAGGGUUCCAAGUCGAAACUUCCCGGGCUACAAAAUCGAAGUUCAAAUACAUUCGGAAUAA